AUGCCCAUGAACAAGUUCACGACCUUCUUCCUUGUUUCCCUGCUUUCGAUCUUCGCUGUUGUCACUGCGUUCCCCGUUCAUGUGGCGCGUGACGUCUUUGUACCCCCUAUCACCUCGCCCAAUGCGAGCACGGUAUGGUACGCGGGCGAGAAGUACAACGUCACUUGGGAAACCGCGGGUGCCCCCGUUAACAUCACCAACAAGUACGGCCGCAUUGUACUUGCGACGAAUGGCCUCCAGGACUACGAGAACCCAAUUGCUGCCAACUUCUCUAUCCUCCUCGGUAGUUAUGAGGUGACCGCACCCAACGUCACCACGGGGAAUGAGUAUGCCAUUGUCCUAUUCGGCGACUCCGGCAAUUACAGUCCCCAGUUCACCAUCAUCAAUGACGAGGCUUAA